GCUUUCCACGCUGCCCUGCGUAGGAGCUACUGACAUUGGCCACCUUAAAUUGCUCUCCCGCCCGCCCUUUGUUGACUUCCUCACCACCGCAUCCUCCACAAAACACUUCACCUCAGCGCAACCUCAGCUCCACCAGACUCUUCAGUCCCUCAUAUCCUACUACCCAGUCCACAUCCACUACCUGCAACAUCAACACUCCACCUCACUCUCCUCACAAUGAAGACCUCAAUUGCCCUCCUCGCUGUCGGUGCCAGCUUCGCCAUGGCCCAGAGCCUCAGCGACCUGCCUCCCUGCGGACAAACCUGCAUCAACAACAUGCUUGGCCUGGGUCCUACCUUCGGCUGCAAGGCCGGCGACGUCGUCUGCUACUGCACUGAGCCCAACUUCGGCUACGGCGUGCGCGAUUGUGCCAACGAGGCCUGCGGAGCCAGCCAAGCUGCGUCGGUCAUUGCUUACGGCGAGGCAUACUGCAAGGCUCUCCUCGCCUCUGCCAGCGCCACCGGCGGCUCUGCCUUGACCAUCCUCUCCAGCGCUGCCUCUUCUGCCAGCGUGUCUGGCGCGUCUGCCUCCGCGGCGUCUGCCUCCGCAUCUACCACUGGCUCCGGAUCCAAGGGCUCGGUCACUGCCAUCACCACGGUGCCCCUCGUCGCGACCGUCUCCGGCACGCCCGUCACCACCGGCUUCUCCACUGUCUUCAGCUCCAUCGAUGCUAGUGCGGCGAGCUCUCUCUCCUCUGCCCUCGCCGGCGCGUCCUCUGCCGCAUCUGCUGCCUCCAGCGGAGCUAGCUCGUUUGCCUCGGUUGAAUCCUCCAAGGCUUCGUCCGCUGCGUCUGCUGGCGCCUCCAAGGCUUCGUCCGCUGCGUCUGCUGGCGCCUCCAAGGCCUCGUCCGCUGCGUCUGAGGCUUCAUCUCUCGCCUCGUCUGCCGCAUCUGCCGCCAGCUCCAAGGCCGCUUCUGCCACCUCCUCCGGCGGCGCGCCCAUCAUGACCGCCGGCCCCAUCCUAGGUGCCGCCGGCGUGGCCGCUCUCCUGUUCAUCUAAGCCUAGCUCUUAGCAACAAAAGCGUGGUGGACAUGACGAUAGCCCUGUAUUGUCUAGGAGCGCGGUGCCAAGUUUACUGCUUGCGCACUAUCGGUGGCUCGGUUCCUUUCUUUUUCUUCCUCUCCCUAAUAAACACCUGACGGCGACACGACACGACACCCUUUAUGCCCUUUCCCUCCUCCAGGCUGUACCCCGGUUGUAUGUAAUUAAUGCUUUUUGGACGGACUGGACGGGCCGGCCUGCGCAUUAAGGCGCGAAGAUACCCUCUCUGCGAAGAUUGAAGAGCGACGAUGACGCCUGGAUAUGGGGCAUGGAGGU